AUGACGACCAGAUAUCGCGUGGAAUAUGCGCUCAAGACACAUCGUCGGGACCAACUGAUUGAAUGGAUCAAGGGUCUGCUGGCCGUCCCGUUCGUCCUGCACUCCCAGCCGACAAUCAUCAACCAGGAGCCUGGCGAGGGUCUGACGACCCUUGCAGCCGCUGAUACGCACCAGCGCUAUGCUGAGAUUAUGCAAGAUGUGGAAAGACUGAUUGAGGCUCAUAUGCACCACGAGAAAGUGUCUCUCCCCGGCAAAUCCAAGCUGAAACUGCUCGUGCCCACCGUAGGAACAUUUUUCACUCCCCUGCACUUGCGGGAGGCAUUCCGAUAUCAAGACCAGCGACGCUUCAUCAGUCGCCGCCGCUUCGUCGCCCCUUCUUUCAACGACAUCCGAUUGAUCCUCAACUCCGCUCAAGUCCUGGGUCUCAUCAAGACCAGCUCCGUCGAGCUCAUCACCUUUGAUGGAGAUGUCACUCUCUACGAUGAUGGUACCAAUCUCCUGUCUGAUAACCCCGUCAUCCCUUGCAUCAUCCGCCUGCUCCGCCAAGGAAUCAAGGUGGGGAUCGUCACGGCUGCGGGGUACUCCGAGGCGCCAAAGUACUACGAGCGCCUAUAUGGCCUGCUUGAUGCUGUACACGAGAAUGGUGUUUUGACUACCGCCCAGAAAGACGGUCUUGUCGUUAUGGGCGGUGAGAGCAACUUUUUGUUCCGAUUCAACCCGGCGGAGAAGUCUAAGCUGUCGUACAUUCCUCGGGAGGAGUGGCUGCUGGACGAGAUGCGCUCCUGGAAGGAGGAAGAUAUCAAGGAGCUUCUUGAUCUUGCGGAGAACGCCUUGCUCACUUGUAAGGAAACUCUGCAUCUGCCUGUCGAGGUUCUGCGGAAGGAUCGAGCUGUGGGUGUUUACCCGAUCCAUGGGGCGAAGAUGGAUCGAGAGCUGCUCGAAGAGACGGUCCUCGCGGUUCAGAAUACGGUCGAGAGAUCGGCUGUUGGAGCUCGGCUGCCUUUCUGCGCCUUCAAUGGUGGUAACGACGUGUUCGUCGAUAUCGGCGACAAGUCCUGGGGUGUGCGCGCAUGCCAACGCUAUCUGGGCGGCAUCGAACCUUCCAAGACGCUUCAUAUCGGCGAUCAAUUCUUAUCCGCGGGGGCUAAUGAUUUCAGGGCCCGUCUGGCGUCCACAACCGCUUGGAUCGCCAGCCCUAAGGAGACUGUCGAUCUCCUUGACGAGCUGGAUAGCGUGACUAUAACACACGCGAAGGCCUCCUGA